CGCCCCUGCCCUUCACCGCUAUGGGGAAAAGGCUGCUGAGCCUCUGCGUCCUGGUCGCCCUCCUCUACCAGGAGACAUCUGGCUUCAUGAUCCGGAACAAGCUGCUGGGUAAAUGUCUUCAGGUGCAGGAUGGACACUCGGGGGGAGGUAGAGUUUCACUGGGGGAAUGCAGUCCACAUUUAUCCAUACAGGAGUGGCGAUGGCUUCCUGAGAGCCAUGCUCUCAGCAGCCUGCACACAGGGGAGUGUCUCACCGCACCGGCAGAGCAGUAUGAGGGCGUCCGCCUGCAGCCCUGCAUCUUAAGGGCUGACAAUGUGGAGACUGGUCCUGGAGAGGGAGAGAUGGAGACAGACAGAGAGGCUGGCAGCCAGGCGUGGACCUGCUCCAAGAAGGGCCAUCUCACUUUGUUUGGCAAGGGCCUACACCUAAGUGCCAGACAGGAAUCCACACUGGUCUUCCUCUCAAAGGAACACAAGCAGCAGGGCAGCAGGUGGCGGACACUGGAUAACCAGACACUGUGCAGUGAGAGAGACAGCAACCACCAUCAACACCAAUAUCACCCUCAUCGCCAUCUCGGGGAAUCAGCUCAACCGAGUGCCAUCUCCAGUACACACAGACAAGCCCAACUAUUUGAAGGUGGUGAAGGCUUUGAGGCCACUGGAACAGUGCCUGUAACAGAGCUGUCUCCUUUGUCCCUAAGUACUAAAUCACCUGCUGAACCCACCAUGAUAUUCUUCAGUAUGGACUAUGGAAUGGGUUGGAAGAUAACCAUGUUGGUGCUGAGCUCCUUGGCUCUGGUCUUGGGAACUGUGAUUCUCAUCCUCAAUGUUUACUCUAACAGAAGGAAGAAGGUGGUGUGUGUGUUGAAGUCGUACACUCCUAGGCAAGAGGCGAGUGUCCCAGGGUCCCCAGUGCCCAAUGAAAGAGCCCCACUGACGAAGCACGCCAUGCGCCUCUCCCACUCCUCUCCCACUGUACAACGAGGAGAAAUCCUGAUCGAGUGGAAGGAUGGCACUGUUACUCCUCUGUAUGAGGGGUGAGGGUUGUACUGUGCAUGUGUGUGUGUGUGUGUGUGUGUGUGUGUGUGUGUGUGUGUGUGUGUGUGUGUGUGUGUUUCUACUUGUGUGUGUCAAACUACUGAAUAUAUCUGAAGUUAAGGUAUGCUGUGAAGGAAAGGGAUAAGAGCACAAAAUGGAAAAUAUGUUUAAGCACUGAUUCAGGUCUGUUCAUUUUUCAUAUCAGAGUUAUGCUUGUGCCAUACUGUGUGAAGCAUUUCAUGGCAUAUGUCUGGAGAGCUCUUGGAUUACUAUCAGGCGUAGAAGCCCAGACUAAGAUGAAAGCUUGUUGUGGUACAGCCAGAAGACUGUUGAGUGCAAAUUGCAGACAGUAUAAGCUGGACUAGCAGGUUUCAUCUGUAAGAUAUUUAGGCCUGUGUUCAGGUGGAGAAGAUUUGAGGGAUUUGGCUUGCUGAAAGUACUGUUGAAUGAAUGUUUAAGCAUACCUCUUUUGUUUGUAGACUUGUUAUUAAUAACACAUUUUAAGAAAGUAAGCAAUAACCUAGGGCUUUAGCUGGGAAAACACUUACAAACCUAAUCUUUAUUUGCCCAGGCCUUAACUAUAUUACGGUUUGAUCUAGUGCUCUUGUGAUGUGGCACACCAAUGCACUGUUGUGUGAUCUCAGGAGUGCUUUGAUAUUAUGCUCACCUUAAAAAGAAAUUAAAUGUAAUGUUUGAAACAACAUUCUGUGAUCAAGCAUAAUGUUUGCACAGUCAAAAUCAAGUUCUUUAGUUUGUUAUUAUUUUAAAAUUUAUCUCAUUUUUACAAAAGCUCUCUUAGGUACGGGUGUUGCAAAUUAGCAUCUGAUACAAAGACUAUGAUACUUGCAUUGGAUAGCUGUUUUCAUAGCUUUUAUAUGUACAUUGUAUCAGUCCCUAUCAAAUAAACCAUUAAAAUCAUACAGCUUUCAUUAAAAAUGAAUGCAAUAUGAGCUGCAGCUCUUGUCAGUUUGCCACAUCCUCUCGUAUGGCCAUAUGAUCAUGUGAGGAUUGAUGCAGCACUUCAGGAAAAUAUUUUUCUAAGGAUAAAGUUGCAAGUGGUGCCUUGCGUAAGUACCAACAGUGCCUUGCAGAUAUGUGUCUCAUAGGUGUGCCACAACACAAAACAUUUGAGAAGCACCGCUUCUAUAUAGGUUAUCUUUACAUAAUCGUAUUCAGUGUUAUGUAGACUGUAUAUACACAAUGGAGUAGCUGAAAUGUGAAUGAAAAAAAGUUUAAUCUGCUGACCAGUUUACACAGGAAGCACUGCUACAGUAUUCAAGCCUGUUCAAUGUGUAAUGCAGGCUACUUUGUUUUUACUGCUGAUAGUAUACAAUGCAUUUACAUUACUAAUUUAAGCCGUUCAUUGUGGUUGUUACUUUAGAUUCCCUUGUUAAUAUAUGUAUGUUUGCAGCCUCGUAGACUGUAUUAUAGAAAACUGCUGUUAGCUUUCUAACUGCACAAUAAAAU